AUGGCUCGGCCAAGAGACUCGCGCUCACCAAGUCCUGCAGGCAGCCAUUACAACUCGCGCCGCCACCGGAAAGAUGACGACCGGCGGGAUGCCAGAGACCGCCGAGACGAUGGAAGGGACUCGCGCCGGCGCUCAAGGUCGCGCAGCCCGGAUGUUAGUUUAUUCCACUUCCGCUCCAAUUUGGGCAAUUCCUAUACACACGGAUAUGAGUCUGACAGAAGCUUGAACAACCCACAGUAUCGAUACCGCGACCGCGACCGAGGCAGAGACAACAGAGAUCGUGUUGGCCGUGACCGCGAUCGCGACCGUGAUAACUUCCGCCGACGAGACCGCUCCCUAGAUCGCCGAGACGAUGACUUCUACCGCGGAGGGCCACGCGAUCGCCGUGGCGCCAGAUCGAGAGAGAGACUACCCCCCAGGCCCCGCUCGCCUGACCGAAGACGAGACCGCAGCAGAGAUGACCACAGGAGGCGAGACGACUCUAGAAACAGAAGCCGUCGUGAGGGUUCGGCUGACUCUCACAAUCGCAGCAGCCGUGCCGACAGUCGGUCUCGGAAAACUCCACUGGCCGACAGUGGCAGGAAUGGAGUUGAUGAGGUACGUUUUCUUCUGGUUCCGGAUAAGGAAACUAGAGCUCAUGACACAUCACAGGCUCAAAAGGCCAAAUCGAAUGCGGCACAGCCCGAGGUCGAUAAGAAGGCAGAGCGGCUCGCCAAGCUUGAAGCAUGGAAGAAGAAGAAAGAGCUCGAGGGGCAGAAGCAAAAAGAGGUGAAUGCCAGCCAGACGAGAAAUCUCCUUGCUGAGAUGGACAAGAAAGCCAAAGAGGGAUCGACGGCUGCGCCAUCGCCUGUUGUAUCAUCUGCCGCUUCACCCACUCCUGUUGACUCGGGCAGCGCAUCUCCAGCAAAGCCUUAUAUCGGCAAGUUUGAUCCAAAAACGAUUGCGAAGAAGUCUGCCAGCCAUCAAAAAUCAUCUGAUUCUACUAAAGGGGGAGCUUUGGGAUCUAUAGAUAUUCAGCCAAGCAGCAUUCCUGCCCCCGCUAAGCGAGCACCUACUGGUGAGACUUCAACAACAUCUGCCAUGCAAGAUCUGACCCUCUCUAACAAAUGUUAUCAAGCAUCCGCCCUUCCCACAAAUCGCGCCAAGACUAGCAGUUUUGGAUUUGGAAAGUCCCAUGCUGAAGGAGACAAGCUGACCAGCAAGCGGAAAUUGGACAUGGAUGAGGAGAUUACAACUAAACGACAACUCACGAAGCUCCCCAGUCUCCCCAUAGAAGCGGAUGACACGCCCUACGCUGACCAAGAUGAAGACGAUGAGUCGGAUGGCGACAUUUUCGCUGAAAAUGAAGAAGAGGCUGCCGCCGCCGCCCGUGCUGCUCACGAAAGACGUCUUCAAGCCGAAAACCAAGUUGAAAACCAGACAGAGAACCAGGCUGAUGAAGAGAUGAAGGAUGCCGAGCCCCAAGUUGCAGAACAAAGUACCAAUGGCGAGCAUGCCGCCGACGGAGAAACCGCCAGUAAACCUCCAGCAGAGUCCAUGGAUGUGGAUGAGGAAGUCGAGGAAGUCGAUCCCCUAGAAGCGUUCAUGGAUGAUCUCAAACAGGCAGAGACCACCAAGAACCCCCCGAAGAAGGCCUCUGUGACCAAAAAGAAGCAGGAGCCUGAAGCGUAUUUCUCGGAGGACGACUAUGCUUUCGAAGAUCAAGCCGACCCGAAUGCAGAUGCCCUACUUACCAUUUCGAAUAAACGCAAGAAGAAGGAUAUUCCAAGCGUCGAUUACUCCAAGAUUGACUUACAGCCUAUUCGCAAGAAUUUUUGGGUUGAACCUGCCGAGCUGAACAAUCUUUCUGAAGCAGAUGUUACCGAUUUACGAUUGGAGCUGGAUGGAAUCAAGGUCAACGGCAAAGACGUCCCCAAGCCCGUUCAGAAAUGGGCCCAGUGUGGUCUUACCCGCCAAACCCUGGAUGUUAUUAGCUCCCUUGGAUUUGAAAAGCCCACACCAAUCCAGAUGCAAGCCCUUCCCUCGUUGAUGUCUGGUCGAGACGUCGUCGGUGUGGCAAAGACGGGAUCGGGAAAGACUAUGGCCUUUUUGCUUCCCAUGUUCCGACAUAUCAAGGAUCAAGAGCCGCUCAAGGAUAACGAUGGCCCUAUCGGCCUCAUCAUGACACCAACGCGAGAGCUUGCCACGCAAAUUCACAGAGACUGCAAGCCCUUUUUGAAGAUGAUGAACCUGCGUGCCGUUUGUGCGUACGGAGGAGCUCCCAUCCGAGAUCAGAUUGCUGAGCUCAAGCGUGGCGCUGAAAUCAUUGUCUGUACGCCCGGUCGCAUGAUUGAUCUGCUGGCCGCGAACCAAGGAAGAGUCACCAACCUCCGACGAGUGACGUACGUGGUUCUGGAUGAAGCCGAUCGAAUGUUUGACAUGGGUUUCGAGCCACAGGUGAUGAAAAUCUUUGCCAACAUGCGACCGGAUAGACAAACCAUUCUAUUUUCAGCUACCAUGCCACGCCUCAUCGACUCACUCACCAAGAAAGUACUAAAGAGUCCCAUUGAAAUUACCGUGGGUGGCCGCAGCGUCGUUGCCAAGGAGAUUGAGCAAAUUGUCGAGAUUAGAGAAGAGAGCACCAAGUUUGUGCGUGUUCUGGAGCUGCUAGGCGAGCUCUAUGACAAAGAUGAGGAUGCCCGAACAUUGCUCUUCGUGGAGCGACAGGAGAAGGCGGAUGACUUGCUCAAGGAGCUAAUGCAAAAGGGCUACCCUUGCAUGUCCAUUCACGGAGGCAAGGAUCAAGUUGAUCGGGACUCUACCAUUUCAGACUUCAAGAAGGGCGUGGUACCCAUUCUCAUUGCCACAUCAGUCGCCGCUCGCGGCUUGGACGUCAAGCAGCUCAAGCUUGUUAUCAACUACGACGCACCCAAUCACUUGGAAGACUAUGUCCACCGAGCAGGACGAACGGGUCGUGCAGGAAACACGGGCACAGCAGUCACUUUUGUUACCCCUGAACAAGAGAAUUGCGCGCCUGGUAUCGCCAAAGCCUUGGAACAAAGUGACCAACCUGUUCCAGAACGACUCAACGAGAUGCGAAAGUCUCAUCGUGAAAAGGUCAAGUCGGGCAAGGCGAAGGACUCCUCCGGCUUUGGUGGAAAGGGUCUGGACCGUCUGGACCAGGAACGCGAGGCUGCUCGUCUUCGAGAGCGCAAGACACAUAGAGCCGAGGGUGAGGAAGAAGAGGUUAAAGAAGAGGGCAAGAAAGAGGAGGAUGACAAGAAGAUUGAAAAGACACUCAACGCCAUCAAAGCUGCGACCUCCACCGUUCAGUCUCGCGAAAUUGCCAAACCCGAGUCUGGAGAGGGUGGCGCAAACAAAGCGACACAAUCUGCUGUUGCCACAGGCGACAAGGCCAAGGAUCCCCUGGACAAGGUCAGCUCUGCUGUCAGUGCCAUCAACAGCCGUCUGGGCAAAGCUGGUCAGCUUCGGUCGGGCCAACCCAUCGAUAACAAGGGUCCGGACGCUGGUGCUUUCCAUGCCACGCUGGAAAUCAACGACUUCCCGCAAAAGGCCAGAUGGGCCGUCACCAAUCGUACCAACGUGGCGAAGAUUCUGGAGGCAACUGGAACGUCUAUUACGACAAAGGGCAGCUUUUAUCCUCCCGGGAAAGAAGUGCCAGCUGGAGGAGAGCCCAAGCUGUAUAUUCUCAUUGAGGGUGAUACGGAGCUUGUGGUGGCGGGUGCUUUGAAUGAGAUGACGAGGCUUCUGAGAGAAGGUACCAUUGCUGCUGCUGAUGCAGAUAGCAGAGCGCCUGCGAGUGGAAGAUAUACCGUCACUUAA